AUGAAAAUAGCACAAUUGAAGGAGGGCACGGGAUCAUCAGGAGAUGAGCCUGCAUUUUUCCUAGGGGCCAUUGGUAUUGAUCACCAUGGUCCCAUGGUUUCGGAGGGCAGGUUGAAGAAAAUUUUUUCAGGUAUUCGGAGUGGGGAGGAACCUUUGGGUUAUAAGAAGGACAGUAUUAUGAAGGAAUUUUUUGCUGACCACUGCCUUGCUUCCCUACCCUGCCCACCUGUCAUCCAUCAGAGCCUCGACGCCGUCCAUUCUCUGAUUGACUCCAUUCGUACUACCUAUCUAUCACCACUGCAACUUACUUGGGCCUUUGAUGACCUCAAUUUCUCCCUCUCUAACCUCCAUAUUUCUAUCCACGACUCCCUCUAUGCCUCCUCUACCUGUCCUGACGAAUUCAUCUGUGCGGGCCCAUAUUUGAUCAUGCUCAAGUGCAAGAACAGGACCUUGGGCUACCACCAUGAACAGGUGACCUUGUACAUCAAGCACGUGAACCACUUGGCCAAGGGUGACAUUCUCCAAGGGUGGGUGGAGCCCGCUGGAUACAGGUCAUUCACAGCAGGAUGGAAUGACGAGGACAUGCCCAGCGUGUUCCCUGUUCAAUGUGGAGGGAGUGUUGAAGUACUAUCCGACAUUCGUGUCACCAUAGAGGAGAUUUUCCCUCCCCUACCACUCAAAUGGAAGGCUGAGGAGCAGGGAGGUCACGAGAGUUCCCCAGCAGGACUGAGUUCUGGCCGGGUUCUAACCAAUGAGGAGUGGGCUAUGGCCAACUGCACUGUAUGGGCCGAGGCAUCUGCUUCACAAUGCCGCAGGGAUUGUAUCAGCUAUGCCAAGAAACAGCAUCAGAAAAACUGUUCCAAGCAUGAGGAUUGGGGACUCAAUACGGGUUAUUCACUACACAUCAUUGGACCUCCCAGCCUUUCCCCAAUUCCCGACGAUGUGCUCCCCCCUUCCAAUGCCAUGGAAAUGGACACACCUACCACUACCGAUGCCGACAAGGCUUAGACGAAGCAUAACAGGAUGCUUUUGUGAAAGCAUUGGAGGGCGUAUGUAGGAGAUUCAUGCUGGCACAUCAUGCCGGUACUCUCGUUCUCUUUAUCCC